GCGGCGCGAUGUCUGCCAUCUUCAACUUCCAGAGUCUUCUGACUGUCAUCCUGCUGCUCAUAUGUACCUGUGCCUACAUCAGAUCCUUGGCUCCCAGCUUACUGGACAAAAAUAAAACCGGAUUGUUGGGGAUAUUCUGGAAAUGCGCCAGGAUUGGUGAGCGGAAGAGCCCCUACGUGGCCGUGUGCUGUGUGGUGAUGGCCUUCAGCAUCCUGUUCAUGCAGUAGCAGCUGGAGAGAGUCCCCAAGUACCCAGCAGCAGAUCUUGUGUCAGGAAAGGAUGGGAAGCCUCACCACAUCUCCUCUCACACGAUGGAUAGCCUGUCUCCUGGCAGACACCCCUGCAGAUGGACCAGCAUUAGUGAUCAUAACCCAGAUGAGACGUGUUUGUUAAUGCCAGGUCAGCACUGACACUCCUGCUGUAACUCCUGGAAGGGUGUCUGCUGCGUGUCUGAUUUUCAGGGGAGCUUUGUUUGUUUUGUUUGGCUUUUUUUUUUACACCAUGGUGUUGAAAAGGCUUGCUGUUUUUAAUUCUUUAAAAUUUCUUGUCCAGUAGACCUGUUGAAUGAAACCUUAAAAUGGUAAAUCAGUCACAGCAAUAAGACCACCUUUGAAGAAUAAGGAGCAUUUUGACUCUAGGGGAUGUUUAUCAAAGUAUUUUUUAGUUCUUGCUGCCUGAACAAUUCCUCUCAAUUUGUAAAUGAUGGCUCUGCUCUCAUCCUAAAAGUAUGACCUCUGACCUAAGUUACACUCAGCUAUUUGUUUCUAAACUUGUAAUUCUCAAAUAAUCUAUCAAUAUCUCUGUUGUUAAGAUGUGAAAUAAAGGCAGGGACCAUAAUUGUGGUGAUGUCUUAUUAGUUGCUGUGAAGGCACAGAUGUGGCAUCUGAAACACCUGGACUUGCUCUCUGUAAAAUACCACAUAUACUCAUUUCUAGCAUUUUAGGUCUCUCAGGUAUGUAAUUUCCCAGCUUCUUCCAAAAUGUUGCAGAAAGGAUUCAAAAGGCUCUGCUGUUGUUGCAUGUAUGGAAAGGUUUCUAAAUUAGCAGAAUUAAGUUGGCUGCAGAUAAGGAAGUUGCAUGUCAUAAUAUAAAGGUUGAAGCAACUAAACUACACUCACCAGUAGUAAAAAUUAUAUUACUUUUAAUGAUACCUUCCAUUAGCACUUAUUUCUUAGUUUUGCACACUCAGUAAUCUAGUGACUUCUUCAGGAAUGCCUGACAGGUGUGUGUUACAUCAGACAACUGUGUGACUUCAUCCUGGCCCAUUUGGGAGAGUUGUCUGUUUGCAGUAUUUGUUGUUCUGGAAAGGCUUGUGAUCAGAAGGAACAAAGCUAAAAAGUAAAACAUUGAAAGGUAUGUUAACUGUUGUCAUUCUUGUUUGAAAACCUUAUUUUCAUCAAUCCAAAUUAUCCUGCAGCUAGGAAAAAAAGUGGUUUUGAGUUAUGACCUUUGUGAUGUCUCACAUGUAUCUGCAAAUCUAAAUCACCAUCAGAAAUAGCCAUCCAAAACUUUUCUAAUCUGGGUUCAGGAAAAACAGAUUUCUCUAGUUUGGGCCAAAUAAAUUCCCGUGGCUGUGAGCCAGAGCAGUGCAGGGCUGUAGGACUGUAACCAUGCUGUGCACACACAGAAGCCUGGGACUGGGCAGGACACGUGGGGAGUGCAGAAUUGUUCCUGUAACUUCAAAAGUGGCUGCUGCUCCAAACCGGACAUCAGAGCAACUCAGAUUUGGAUUUCAAAAGAGCUGCUCCUCAACAGAGGGAAGGGAGAUUCCUGAGGAGUCUUGGGUUUUGUCUGUCAGGUGUAUACAUGCUCAAAAUAUGCAGAGAAUCAUCUGGUAACUUUCUAUGUUGAGCAGUUACAUUCUUGUCAUUACUUCUUUUAAUAAAUAAUGGCACUUUUAUGAUAUUCAGA